AUGAAAGUUGGUGUUCUCAUUCUACUUCUAUUUAUCUCAACUUCAAGUCUCGCUCACCCCACGAGCCAUGAGUUCAAGGAGGUUGCUGCUCUCGGAAAAGAGUUGGAUAAAAUCCAACUAACUGCGAAGCCGUCGAUCAAACUGACAUCACGCCUUGAGGAUGUUGCAGUGAAAGCCGGAACUUCGAUCACCCUCCGGUGUGAAUCUCUCUCCACCCCGUCUGCCAACUUCCAAUGGCGCAAGAAUGGAGAAAACAUUCAAGGCUCUCUUGACAUCAAUGUCGAAGAGAAAAUGCUGAACAUUGGUCAUUCAGUUGUGAACUCCGGAAUCGUCUCGAGCUUAUAUACCAUCGAGUGUCCAACAGAAGACGAUUCUGGAUACUACUCCUGUGUCGCCUCCAAUGGUCAUGACACCGUCGAAUCUAUGGCCUCCGUCGAGAUUGAGGGCGAAACCAGCGCAUGCCGUCGCAACCACCGAUCUGCACCGAAAAUCGUCCAAUACACCGACUCCCGUUUCGAAAUGGAGGGCAACAUUGUGACCCUUUCCUGCCGUGCCGACCGCAAAGCCAUGUGGGCGUGGACCUACGAAGAAGAGAGACUCCCAGAGGACGGUCGCUUCGAAAUCCUUCGAAAUGGAGACCUCCGAAUCCGCUCCAUCGAAUGGUCCGAUAUGGGCACGUACCAAUGUAUUGCUGCCAACAAACAUGGAGAGAGCACCCAAGACGUUUUCCUUUAUCCAACCAAAAAAGUCUAA